AUUUAGGCGAAGGGCAGCGGCAGUGGACCUAUAAAUGGGAUAACAUAGAAUCUCAACGUCCGGGGUGCUCAACCAUGGUAGCCCGGAGUCGGAUAUUCAACAAGUAUCUUAUCGCCGGCGCUAUGGCCGGCGCCGGAGUUACUUUUCAAACCCUAACCCCUAACUCAGCCCUUUCUUCCACUGAUUCCCCUUUCAACAACGGCGUCGUUCGCUCCACCCGAGCUCUCUUCACCAUCACUUCCAAUAUCAUAGACUACAAGUUCUCAUUAUACGGACUCAAUCAAAACACCGACGAGUAUCGCCUUACCCUCUCCGAACUACAUCUAAGAUCAGCAAAGCGAAUUCUAACUAUGUGUGAAGCAAAUAAAGGUAUGUACAUCAAAGCAGGUCAGUUUGUAGCAGCCAUUAGACAAGUACCAAAAGAAUACUCAACAACACUUUCUUCAUUACAGGAUCAAGCUAUUCCUUUUCAAUUUGAAGCGAUUAAACAUGUGUUAGUUAGUAAUUUAGGUUUAAAUUGUUUAUCUGAGAUUUUUUUCUCCUUCGAUGAGCAUCCGGUUGCUGCUGCAUCUAUUGCUCAAGUACAUCAUGCUGUUUUAGUAAAAGACCGUCAGGAAGUGGCGGUGAAGGUGCAGUAUCCUGGAUUAGAGUAUCAAAUGAAAUUUGAUCUAGUAACUAUGUCUUUGUUGUCGAAAUCAGUUGGAUGGAUCUUUCCUGGGUAUAGGUUUCAGUGGCUUGUAUCGGAAUUUGAAAAAUCUAUUGCUUCUGAACUUGAUUUUAUAGCAGAGGCUAAAAAUUUGGAGAGGAUCAGGGAAAAUUUUAAAGAUAAUUCUGUAGUUAGGGUUCCGAAUGUGUUUUGGGAUUUUACGACGAGGCAGGUUAUGACGAUGGAGUUUUGUAGAGGUCGUAAAGUCGAUGACUUGGAUUUUCUUAAGGAAAGAGGAAUUAGUGAAGUCAAGGUUGCGAAAACUUUGGCAGAAGUAUUUGCAGAAAUGAUUUUUGUUCAUGGUUUUCUUCAUGGGGAUUUACAUCCUGGUAAUAUAUUGGUCUCCCUGGAAGGGAAAAGUGGAUUUACGUUAGUGCUGUUGGAUUUCGGGAUUUGUAAACAAUUGGAUGAGGAUUUCAGAUUGAAGUAUUGCGAGCUUUGGGAGGCUUUGGUAGUUAAGGACUCGACCAAAAUUCAGGAGAUAGGAGAAUACUUUGGUGUUGGAAAGUACUCGAGAUACUUCCCUGUCAUAUUUACAGGAAGAACUAUUGACAGUAAAUCCGCACUCGGGGAAGGAAUGUCUGUUGAAGAAAGGAAGAACCUGAAGCAGGAAUUGAAGUCUCUUAAAAUGGAGGACAUAUCUUCCUUCAUGGAAUCUCUGCCAACCGAUUUUCUCACAGUAUUGCGGACCGAUGGGCUCCUAAGAUCUCUGAUCAGCAAGUUGGGUGCUCCCUUGAGAGUCCGGUUGUUAGCAUAUGCUGAAUAUGCACUAUAUGGACUUUCAUUGAAGGCUGACUCUAAAUCUGAUUCUGCCAUAGCAGUCAUGCUCUUUAGAUUCAAGACUGGCCUCCGAUAUGUCCAACUAAGACUCCUCUUUGGGAUAUUGGGGCUUGUUUCAUGGCUAGAAAGCAUCAAACACAGGUCAACUAGGAGGUUUAAAGAUUUACUUGCCUCAGCUGGUUAUGUGGUGAGAUUGGUGUCGAUAUUGGAGGAUUACAUGGAUAUUGUUGACUUUGAUACAAACUAUAAUGGAGAGGGAUAUUGUGCAUGGAAACGAGUCGAGAGAGGUGAGAAAUUGGUUGAGACGUCUUUGUGCUGGAAGUGGCACCAUGACUAUAGCAACUUUUGCGGUGGAUUUAUCAGCCAUUGGCAAAUUUUUGGUCUAGGACUAUUUGAAAAAAGAAAUCUUGGAAUUACAUGCUUGAAUAUAUCACAGUACAAGUGUGUAAAGGUACAAGAAAGUCAUAAAUACACAUAGCAAUGAACUUUGAUCACAUAUUCUAAAAGUGAUAAUGAUGAGUAUCAGAAAUUGAUGUUAUACACCUCUGAUGCAGUUUCUUUAAAUUGAGAAGUAACAGAAAUACUUGAAAAUCAAGUCUAUCUUGUGAUAUGCGCGAUGAAAGAAUCCAUCUCCUUUUGUGAAGCUCCCCCUUUUUCUGUGGACCGCCUUACAACUUCUCCCAGUUCUUCUGCUCUUUGCCUAAUCUCAUCACCUUCUUCUGAUGCCAUCAACUUUCUCACGACAUUCUCAAUGGUGGAUGCACUUACUAGCUCCUCACGUUUCUCCCAUUCCCUAACAAGCAGGCCUAUUUUCAGUAUUUCAGUCACCAGGAAACCAUUUAUUGGUUGAUCAGAGUGCAU